AUGCACCAGGCGUUUGACAAUCACCUACAGUACUACUCGCACCACCACCAACGAGAUCCAGCACCGUCACCAAAGAUUCAGGCACCUCUGUCACCGCGCUCGGCCUUGCGCUCGCUGCAAGAGCCUUCCUCGCCGAGCCACCACGAGAGCUCACGCGAGCGAAAGCAUGGCCGUCAGCGCCCAAGCUUCGGAAGCGGCGGUGCGCCCAUGCCAGCUCUACCGCUACCACCGCGCAAGUCGUCGCUGAUCGCUAGUCGACAUUUACCGCUGCCGAGUCAGCCGGUGCUCGAGGACGGCCGCUUCUUCGCAGGAUCUCCAGCCUCUUCACCGAGUCUCUUUGACAAUUCUGCCUCCUCCUCUGAACACUCAUCACCUGCCAUUGCACCUCACGGCAAGCUGCCAUACACCGCCCCGCGAGCUAGCUAUGGUGGACCUCAUCUUCAGCACAACGCCUCUUUGACCCCGUCCCUGCCUCAUCGACACUCCUACUCAUCACUCAGCACUCGUUCUGUCCCAUCAGUCUCGGAUGGAUCUUCUGGCUUCUCGAUACCCGUCUCUACACCGGACGAACACGGCCACCUGGCUCACGCUCCAAUGGCAGUCUAUCAUUCGCGAGCACCCUCUCCGCUGGACCGUCAACAUCGAGACGACAACCCCUUUGCGUACUCUGUCGACUUCGUUGAACCCUCUUCGCGCUCUUCCGUCUCUUCGUCGCGCUCGUCCCUGCCUUACAUUGAGCCAUCGCAGGGUCAGCGACAACGCUACGGCAGCGUCGCUGCCUCUCACCAAUGGCCUCGCUCGCCUUUCCAUUCGGCCAGCUCGCCUAAACGUGCGCAUCAUCAACAAACACCGCUUCCGCCGCCAUCGACAGUGCGCCAACAACGACCAGCUCGAUCUGUUGAUGACUAUCUUUCGGCGCAGCCUGGAGUUUCGGCUACCAAGCUUCCGCCUCCUCGCCCUAGCCUGCCGUCGGAUACUUCUGCCCUCGACGGCCGAGUGGUGGUGCCGAUGAAGCACUCCUCCUCCUCGAUGUCGCAUCGCAGCAGUCUGCCCUCUCUGGCUUCGUCAGAAGAGCGAGGCUCCUCUGCGAUGUCCAUCCACCGUCUCUCGCACCCCUCACCCACCUCAACGAGCCCUCGCGGUAGCAAUGCCGUUCCGCGAGACACCGAUAUGAGCAGCAUCGACGCCCCCUCAAAGCGUCCACGCGGCUACACGGCCACGAUGCCCUCUGGCGUACCAGUCAGCCGCAUACUUGAGGCGCAAAGGCGCUCCAGGUCGGCGGAGCGACCCAAGGCGACGGCCAUGCAGCGACGCUCUCCGCCCUCUUCUGCGUCUCCUUGGUCAUCUACCGCCUCGUCGACGGCCUCUUCGCCCUUGGCGUCCAGAAAGCCCGACCAUGCGGAGGUGAUGGCCAAGCUGAACCGCAAGAUGAAAGAGAGGAUUGCUGCGAAGAAAGUCAGUGCUACGGCAACCGCCGCUUCUGCGAGUGGGCUCGCGGCUGCGGCUGCCGUGGUCGGAGGAGCGGCUGCUGGAGGAGCAGCGGGCCUUGCCUCCUCAUCUGCCUCCUCGUCAGCAAUGCCGUCCCCCUCCUUCUCUCUCCGAAAGUAUCGUGGAGACAGCGUAGCAUCCUCUGUACCGUCCACGCCGGCCACCUCAUCGGCUGCGGCCGUUCCAGGCGAACGAGUACCUUCAGCAAGGCCGGGAUCUCCCUCAUUCGAAGAGGACCUCGCCGCUCCGCCUCCAAGGAGCAACCCAAUCGGCAUCGAGUCACUCCUUUCUGCUGCGGCUAUCAAUGACGGAGCGCAUGGCGGGGCAUCCAUGCCUCACUGA